CUAAACUGUGCGACGGUAGUGGCUGGCACCGAGGGGUUGUAACAUUAUAUACGCACGAGUUCGAAAAUCAAUAUAAUAUAAUAUACACUUUUAGAGCCACUACAGAAAAAAUACGUACUCACAUUGGAUCGCUUUAAGAAAACUAAAAACUGCAGUCGGUGAUCGCGUAUCGUGAUCGUCGGACGCAACGAAAUGAAAACCAACGUCGGGAAAUCAUUCGUUGUGUGCUUGUGCUUGCUAGUAGCGAGUAGUUCGUGUUUCCAGGAGCACAUUCAAACUCUAACAUCAAAAGUGAUCCGACUGUUUGGGAAUGAUCCUCGAGACAGUGUCAGUUCUACGACAUCAGGAUGGAAGUCCAACGACAAGCCUGUGUUACAAUGCACUAAUAAUUAUAGCAAUGACAGGUAUCAUUUAUUGGGUGUCGACCUGAGAUACUUGGGUUCCAGAAUUGCAAACAACUGGUUGAUAAUUGCAGUGUCUUCAGUUCUACCAUUCAUUGUCUUCUGGCGGAUCCAAUACAAUAUGAGACACAGACUCCACGACUGGAAAAAAUCAUUCAUUCAAAAAGAAAAGGAGUACACCCAAUCCAGACGACUAACACUACCAGAUUUAACUUUGGCUAAACAUGCUCGAAGAGAAUCAUUGGCUGAAUCCACACAAAAACACACGAAUCGACCAAGAAAGAUGUCUCAAUGCAACAUUUCGCAGUUUAAAAGUAUGAGAAAAAGUUCGUUUGAAAAAAAUGAAGAGCUGUCAGGAGACUCAAAGAGAGUUCACAUUAUUAGGAGAAGGCAUUAAUGAUUUGUUAAGCACCUAAUUUAAAGUUUUAACAUUUGUAUCUUGUAUGUGCCAAUUUUGUCAGUCAGUAUGCACAGUAAUUGUUAACUAAAUUUUAAUAAAUAUGAAAAUGUUGAAGAAUAAA